UAGGCUGAUUUUAGCUGUUUUUUUUUCAGCAGGGAUGGGCUUCUCAGUGGCGUACUUAAACUUUUACUACACAAUUUUGGAUAUUUAGUAAUUGAGAUCAAUAAUACACUCACACAAUGAGUUCCACACCAACGCAUACUGGCGGGAAGAGCAGUGGACGCCCCCUAGCGUCUGCUGCGUGAACUGGUUGAACUGAUUAGCCCUAUCUUCCCCUCAUCUUGCAGCACAGGCAGUCCAGUCAGUGCCUGGUAGCGAUUUAGGCGAGGGCGUAUGGACUUGAGGCAGCAGUGAAUGCAUUUCCCACAGACUGUGGUCGCACUUUUUUCCUCUCGUACGGAUUACCACUGAGUUCACACAUCGCCUAAACGCCGCAUCGCAUUUUUUUCCGCUGCAUUUCUCCAUCUGAAGGCCUGUCACAGAGUAAAGUGGCUCGGUGUGCGUGUGUUUAGACAGCGGAGCGAGAGCAGCAGUGUGUCCCCGAUGGCUGGCUGGAAGGACGGCUCAGUGCAGGAGAAAUAUCGCCUGGUGGUCGUCGGAGGUGGUGGCGUCGGAAAAUCAGCAUUAACCAUUCAGUUUAUCCAGUCAUACUUCGUCACUGACUAUGACCCUACGAUUGAAGACUCCUACACAAAGCAGUGUGUGAUUGACGAGAGGCCUGCGCGGCUAGACAUCCUGGAUACAGCAGGACAGGAAGAGUUUGGAGCCAUGAGAGAACAAUACAUGAGGACAGGGGAGGGCUUCCUUCUCGUCUUCUCUGUCACUGACCGGGGAAGCUUUGAAGAGAUCUACAAGUUCCAACGACAGAUCUUGAGAGUGAAGGACCGGGAUGAAUUUCCCAUGAUUCUAGUGGGUAACAAAGCUGAUCUUGAGCAACAGAGACAAGUGACCCAGGAGGAGGGCCAGCAGCUCGCCCGACAACUCAAAGUCACAUACAUGGAGGCCUCAGCUAAGAUCCGUAUGAAUGUAGACCAGGCUUUCCACGAGCUGGUCCGAGUCAUAAGGAAGUUCCAGGAGCAAGAGUGCCCACCCUCACCGGAGCCCACACGCAAAGAGAAGGAUAAGAGUGGCUGCCAUUGUGUGAUUGUCUAAUUGGCUUCUCACUGCCGCCACUCACCCAGCUGCUGUCACCGGUCCCUGCCCCCCCCCACCCUGCCUUCUGAAAUCACGUCCUGUGCGGAUGAACUCGCUGCCUUUCUACAUGUGCAUGUCUUCAAAACAGCAGUCUCAGUCAUAGCCUUAUCAGGGGCAUUUGUGCCUCUAGGACUUCACUACUAGAAGAACCAAACUGACGAAAUCUUGAUCGAACUCACCAUUCUACCUUCAACUAGAGUACUGACAUCAGUGUGACCUAGAAUAUGGUAAUCGUGCCCCAACACUAAACAUCGCUUCUUACAAA